UGCAGUUCCGCGUUGUCGGAAGUGUUAUAAUUAUCGGAGUUGUCUGUGAAAUAUGAUGGAAAAUAAAAGAGUUUUAGCGAUAAUAUUUGACCUGGAUAAUACACUGGUCGAUACAGCCGGAGCAGGACGAGUGGCCAUUCAGAAGGUCUGUGAUCUGCUAAACUCCAAACAAGUGCAGGAAAGCCACGUUGGAAACAUCUGUGAGCUCUUUUUACAAAAGCUUCUCCAUGAAUCGUUUGACCCAUCAGUAGGCAUAACGAUAGACGAUGUGAGGAUACGUCACUGGUAUGAAGCUCUCCAGGAGGCGCAAGGAACAGACCCGGAUCCAGCUCUGGCCUCCAGUUGCUACUACACGUGGAAGAACACGCGUAUGCAGGUGCUCGACCUGUCUCCUGAGGUUCGAACUCUGCUCGAGGAGCUCCAGAAAAACUACAAACUGUUGCUGCUCACCAACGGCGAUUCUCAGACGCAGUGGGAGAAGAUAAAGGCGGUGAGAUGCGAGGGUCUCUUUAGUGCGGUGGUGGUGGGUGGAGAUCACCCGGAGCAGAAACCGGCUCUCUCAAUCUUUACCUAUUGUUUCGAGCACCUGGGAGUUCAGCCGCAGCAGUCCAUCAUGGUGGGCGAUUCUCUCAGCACAGACAUUCAGGGGGGCAUCAACGCAGGAGUGAAGGCAACCGUGUGGAUAAACAGUGACAGUAGAUGUAUCCCACAGAGCAGUGUGACUCCAGACUACACUGUUCCUAGUGUACUGAAUCUGAUGGAUGUUUUAGCUGAACUGUGAUAUGUCAUGAUGUCUGUCUUUGUGGACAUAAAGAUGUGUUUUAGACUUAAAGGUGAAGUGUGUUUUUGCACCUUUAGCUUCGCUAAAUGAAAUUGCAAAAAUAAUGACUAUUCCAAACAGGAAGCAUUAAAAAAUAUUACUUCACCUUUAAAGAACAUUUUUACGCCUACACAAAUGAAUUGUACUUUUGACAAAUGUUUACAAAGAAGUGAGAUGAAAUAUUUAAUGGAACCUUCAUUCAAUAAAUAUUUU